UGUUUUCUUAAAAAACCUCCAACUGAUUGUUUUGAUUGCAUUGCAUGUUCAUGUUGUUUUAAAUAGAUAAUGAUUUUUAUUUUAGUCAGUCCUGGCGUAACUGCCGGCUAGUAAUGUGACUGUCGAAAAUGACUGAAAAAACGUUCCAUAAAGGAUUUUUAAGAGACUUCUGCGUUGCUUUUUAGUUUUGGUUUAGGAUCUUCCUGUUAGUGCCAUUUGGAUCCAAAAAUUAACAGUUAUAAGCUUUACCACACGACACAUCAGAAUGUCGUACCCACUUGAAACAACACAAUAAUAGUUGCUUUUGGCCACUACAUCUACAAAAUGAAGAUAUUCAAAAAAUGCCCGAAUACAACAGACCACUGGAUAAUCAUAUCUCUGCUUGUCAGUGUGUUCGGAUUUCUUAAGGAAUUUAGGCCAUCUGAACCUUUUAUUUAUGAAUUUUUGACUGGAGGAUGGAAAAAUGUGACCCAAGACCAAGUUAUGCAGGAGGUAUAUCCCGUUGGAACCUACAGCUAUUUAGCCCUCUUGAUAGUGGUUUUCUUGGCCACGGAUAUUUGCCGAUAUCGCGUUUUAAUUGUACUUCUAGCGGCAUCGGGAGUGGUAGUUUGGGGUCUCCUACUUUGGACCACUGACCUUUUUGAACUGCAAAUAGGCCAGGUGUUUUUUGGAGUUUUUGCAGCAUGCGAAGUAGCCUAUUUCACUUACAUCUACGCAAAAGUAGACAAGGAAUACAUUCAGCAGGUGACUUCUCAUACAAGAGCGGCUAUUUUAGCAGGACGGGCUUUCUCGAGCAUCCUGGGACAAGUGCUCAUAUCAUUUAAUGCUAUGAACUUUUAUGAACUGAACUAUAUUACAUUUUCAGCUAUGAUAGCUGCCACUAUAUGGUCGCUAUUUCUACCCCCUGUGAAGAAAUCGAUAUAUUUCCAUAAAGACGUGUCGCAAAAAACAUUCGCAGAAAAAUCGCGGGCGGCUUUUAGUCUGAUUUGGUACCAUUUACGUGACGGAUACUCGAACAAGUACUUGAUUAAAUGGUCCGUUUGGUGGGCUUUAUCAACUACCGGAUUUAUCCAGGUGCAAAUCUACAUGCAAACCCUUUGGCAGGACAUCGUAAACGAUCCGUCAGUGUCAAUCUACAAUGGCGCGGUAGAAUCGAUUUUGACGGUAAUCGGUUUUCUGGGCGCUCUAGCGGCUGGAGCCCUAAAAGUCGACUGGAAAACUAGAGGAGAGCUGGCUCUAACCUGCUGCUCACUCAUGCAGGGCUUCGCCAUGUUAAUAUCCUCACAAACAAGUCACGUGAUGGUCAGCUACGCUUGUUACAUCGUGUUUGGGGCAUUGUAUCAUUUAACGAUCACGGUGGCCAGCAGCGAAAUCGCCAAAGUUAUCCAAGAGGACAGUUACGGUUUGAUUUUCGGCAUUAACACGUUCGUGGCGUUGCUCAUUCAAGCGAUACUGACGGUUUUAGUGGUUAGUGACGGGGUUGGGUUCGCGUUGCCCCCUAGGCAGCAAUAUUUUGUUUAUGGGGUGUUUCACGUUGUCUUAGGGUUCAUUUAUAUCGUGGUGGGUUUGACUAGUUGGCUUAUUAGUAAGAGGGAUUAUAGGAGGGCGAGUUGCGUGCCCGACCCUCCCGCAAGGAGUGUUAUUAUUUAUUAAGUAUGUUUCAAGGCGGAACAAGGAUGACAUAAGUUUGGUUCGUUGACUUUUAUGGUCAACUGUGGUUGCCAAAAAGGGCAUCUCUUAUAAAAUAAGACUGCCUGAAAAGAAAGUGUUUCAAAAUGGCAUUUGAUUUGCCAUAUUUUAAAUACAGGGUCAAGUUUUGUUUGAAUCAAGUGUUUGCAAUAACUUAAAAUGUUUUUGCUUAUUGGCUUGUUUGAAAUGUGUUAUGCAAGGUGUGUUUAAUGAUUUAUUGUGAAUAUUUAGGUAAUAAUUUUUUGCAGAGUCUAAUGCAUUGAAUAUUAUAAAUCUACAAAUCUAAUUCUGAGGGGCAGAACAGUUAUUACUAACUUAGUAUCAGCUAUCCCAUACGUAGGAAGAAUAAUUAUACAUAUUGUACAAUGAUUAUGGUGAGGAUUUGCUUGGGAGAAGAUUUGAGGACUUGAUAAUGCUACUCUUACCCGGUUUUUUGCAUUCAAUUUUCUUCUACCUUUUAUUGUAUCAGCUUUAGUAAUAAUUCACUUCUUCAUUAAACUAGAUCAAAUAACCCAAUUGGGAUAAAUAAAAAUAUAGAAAAAGUCUCUCCCUUCACUCUUAAUUUACAUUCAAGGAUGUAGUAAGAUUCUUAAUUAUAUUAUUUGCCCUACAAGCUCAAUACUUACUAGGAGGUCCUGAAAAUUUGAUGCCAGCAAAUCCUUCAGUAACACCAGUUCAUCAACCUGAAUAAUAUUUCUUGUUUGCUUACGUAAUUAUGCGAAGAAUUCCUAGUAAAUUAGGAGGAGUAAUUGCUAAUGCCGAAUCCAACUUAGGCCCAGUUGAAGGAUUCGGUCACCUAGGGUACUUUUUGGAGCAUUAAAUCAGGGUCGCCACAUUCCUAAUACUGUGGUUUUCUUCCUUAUACACUGUGUGUCAGCCAAAUGGAAUAAAUUAGCUAAUAAAUAGAUGGGAGCGUGUUGGAAAAAACGCUCGAACACGUCGAUUGGUUUUUAUAGUUGCGCAUUUUUUUUCAUAAGAUUUUUAUACAGGGAGUAUCAGAUAACGGUGGUCAAUACCAACUUGCUUAGUUUAAUCAUAUCAAGCUGUAUGUUAAUUAAUAUUUAGAUUCCUCAGAUCAUUUUAGACAUAUUUUGUAUACAAUAUCCUAUACCUAUCUUUGACUGUUUCGAAAAUUAUUUCUUUGCCGAAAAUUGUUACAACAUAUUUAAAAACUUAUACACAAUACAAAUCUAAAGUAGUAGCGUUCAUCAAGUGUCUAUCACAAGAACCAUGAGUAUUAUUCGAUUUAGGCCCUAGAUAUUCGUUUCAUACAUGAACAAAUCUGAAUCUAUUGUAAAAAACGCAAGAGCAACUUGUUAUCGCCCCAAGGAAGGUUGAUAAUAGUUUUUAACACGUUUCAAGGCAAAAAAUGAUCUUUUAGUCUUUAGAAACAAACAUUCUUAAUGACCUAGGCUACUUUUACGGUAAAUCCGUAUGUCAAAUCUUAUUAAUUUUACUAGACUUAUCAGUAUUAUAUUUACUAUGUAGGGUCCUAUUUGGUUAAUUCCAGGCUGUGGUUAGCUGAAUCUUUAUUGUAGAUUUUAUAGUGUCAAUUUCGAACUGUUAUUUAUCCAGUGUUAAUCAUGAUUAAUUAGCUUUAUUUAGCUGUUUGUAUCCAUUGUAUGAGAUAAAGUUGGGAUAAGCAUAAGCAAAUAUCUCAGUUCAAUGUUUACCCAGGUCCUUUUUACAAAUGUUUUAUCAGAAUUUUUAGCUUUUGUUCUUCCUCGGUUAUACCUUCGCACAAAAGUAUAUAUUUUCCUUGUUUUUUAUUUAUUUUUAUUUUGUAAAUGUUAAUUAGUUUUUAAUUGAAACUAUUGUAAUAAAUAAAAAGACGUACUACUGUU